AUGACACCCCACGUGUACAGGCUCGGGGUGCUGCUGUGUGACCUGGAGCCGGGCACCAUGGCAUCGGACCCCAACAUCCUGGACAAGCUGAAGCGCUGCCCGGCGCUGACAGGGGCACAGCAGGAUGCCCUCAAUGCCCUGCUGCUCUCGGGGCACACCGAGCACGGGGAUCCUUCGAGCUGGGAUUUACAAACUCUGCAAGAUUUGGGGCCGCUCGUGCUGGCUUUGAACCAGAGCACGCUGAGUUUGGUGGCCGAGGCAGCACGGGAGGAUUUCAGGAGCAUCGCAGCCACCUCCAUCAUCCAGGGCCAUUCCCAGCGGGACAAAUCCCUUCUCCCCCUCGUGGCAGGCACUGCCUCCCGUCCCAGGCUGAAGCGCAGCUCGGACCGCUGCCAGUCCGAGCCCAUCACCGCCAGCAACAUCCCUGACAUCCUGACCCUCAGCCUUGACCAGCUGGACCCGUGCCUGAGCAAUGAUGUGCUAAUAGAAAACCUGGAGGCUGUGCUGGAACAGCCAAUCACCUCAGAGAUUUCCCAGAUCCUGAAAAAAAAGGUGGAUGAGGUUUUUCACUCGGAGAUCCCAGAGGAGCAGCUGAGGCGCCUGGGGGAGCUGUCCCACCUGUACACGGAGCAGGAGAUCAGCCAGUGGUCGGUGACAUCCAGUGACACCCUCUCCGCCCUGCUCAGCGCCUCGGGAAGACAGUGGAAUGAUUCCCAGGUGCUGCAGCUGCUCAGCAGGUACCUGGCCCUGAAGGGCUCCUUGACUGGACCCCUGCUACAGAAAACAGGAGGCAAACUCCUGUGCAAGCUGCAGGAGGAGCAGAUCCAGCAGAUCCCUGCUGCAGCCAUCGGGACUGCUGGGUACUUAAAUAUCUCUACGUGCUCCCAAACCAAGAAGGAACAGCUCUAUGGGAAGGCACGGGAGGCCUUUGCCAGCCUGACCAGCUCCCCCAGCUCCUAUUACUGCUGGAUCCAGCCCUACCUGGGUGGAGCUCCAGCAGAAGAUCUGAAGGAGUUGGCUAAUGCUGGUGUGGCCAUAAACAUGGAUCUGGACACUUUCCUCGCCCUAAAUCCCGAGGAAUUGCAGAAACUCAGCGUCACCGACGUGAAACAUUUGCUGGGGAAAAACCUCCCCGUGCUGAAGAAAGCUGAGCUUGAGCCCUCGGUGAUGAGCUGGGUGCAGAAACAAUUCCAGCAGGAGCUGGACUGUGUGCUGGGCAUCGGCCUGCAGGGAGGGCGGCCAGAGCCCACCCCCACUGUCCCCACCACCUCGGCCAGUGUCACCUCCAUCACCCCUGUCUCCACUCCCAUUGCCAUUAGCAGCCACUCGACCCCUCAGCCGAGCACGGUCCCCCCCAGGACCCCCACCCUGAGCACUCAGACAGGCAGAGCCACCUCCCCCACUGUCCCCCUCCUCAGCACCCUCCUGGCCACCAGCAGCCCCAGUGCCACCCCAGUCCCUGCUGUCACCUCCAGGGCCACCACUGGUGCUGGCACUAACCUGGCUGCUGCCACCACAACCCCCCACACUCCCACCCCCAUUCCCAACUCCACCAUCUCCACCCAAAAACCCCUCAGCUCCUCCACGGCCAAGCCCGUGCCCGAGCCGUGCCAGCCCAGCUCCCCUCCAGGAUCCCCCAAACCCAAAACAACACCUGGGAGUGUUCCAGAGACCCCACGGCCAACAUCCAAUGGCUACAUCAACCUGCAGCCCGAGCCUGGAUCAGGAUGCAGGCUCUGCUCCUGCCUGGUGCCCGUGCUGGCAGCCACCACCAUGAACGUUCUGCUGCUCUGA